CCUCGUCCGUUACCAUUUUUGGGUAAUGUGAUGCAAUUGGAUAUCAAACGACCUUGGCUCACAUAUACUGCGUGGGGAAAGACAUAUGGAAAAAUCAUUCACUCCCGCAUACUUGGGAUCGGCUUGAUUAUCAUAAACUCCGAAACCAUCGCGCGGGAGUUGCUGGACAGGCGUUCUGCGAAUUUCUCUACUCGCCCCGUUAUUUGCACCAACGAAUUAGCUGGACUGGCUUUCAAUACUGUACUCCUUCCAUAUGGCGAGACUUUACGGCGACAUCGCAAGAUCUUCCAUCAAGUCCUCAGGGCAGAAGUCUCGGUCUCUUACCACAACAUGUACUUUCGCCACGCAAACGAUUUAGUCGUCAAUCUCUUGGAUGCUACUAGUGACCUACAGAAACAGACUGAAACAUACACGGCAUCCCUAAUCAUGGCCGUGACAUACGGACACCUUGCUCACGGACAUGAAGACCCACUUCUUACCCGAGCGCGUGAACUCAUUGAUAUUGGCAAACAUAUCACUUCUCCCGAGAGGGCUGCCAUGUUCGUAGCCUUUCCUUUCCUCGAAAAGUUACCGUUUUGGUGUUUCGGUGGAGCAUUUGCCCUGAUGGGACGCUGUAGAGAAUUAUGUCAACAGCUUUUGAACGAGCCCUUUAACAUUGUGAAGGCACAGAUGGCAAAUGGUACUGCUUCACACUCAUUAGUCGCUGACUUUCUCAGUCAAGCUCACGAUGACGCUGACGAAGACACGAUGAAGGCUGUUGCGUUGAUGGGAUACAUAGCUGGCAUAGACACUGUGAGUCGCUGCUUAGGCAGUCCUGAUUAUCACUUUGAUGUCCCGCAAACUGCAUCUGCAUUGCAGACAUUCCUUCUGGCUAUGGUGCUCUAUCCUGACGUCCAAGCCCGGGCUCGUGCAGAAAUUGAUCAAGUUGUGAGGCAUGAUGAAAUGCCGUGCUUUGACGAUAGAGCGUCACUGCCCUACCUUGAUGCCAUUCUCCGCGAGGUCUUGAGAUGGUGUCCUGUCAUCCCCCUAGGAAUUCCACAUGCAACAUCAAGCAAUGAUGUUUACGGGGAGUACUUUAUACCCAAAGGUGUGAUAGUAAUGGUUAAUCAGUGGGCACUGUCUCGAGAAGAAGACAUGUUUCCCGAUGCAUCACGCUUCGAUCCUAGUCGCCAUCUAACAGUUGACGGGAAGCUGAAGGACCCUUUCGUCAACCAUUUUGCCUUUGGUCAUGGCAGGCGUAUUUGUCCUGGUCGUUGGUUUGCAGAGAACAGUAUGUGGACUGCAGCUGCUGCCAUACUUGCCGUCUUGCGCAUCGAUCAUGCCAAAGACUCAAACGGAGACAGGAUUGAGGUGAUGCCGGAGUUCAGCACCGGC